AUGCGGCGGAAGAGGAGCUCCUACGUAACAUGUACGGUCAACGGCAACGCAUGUCAGUCAGACGACGGCAUGUACGACGUGAAGACAUUGUACGGGCCGCACACGGUGCUGCUGCGCGCACUGACGACGGUACCAUCGUCGUCUUUAUUGUCGUCCGCUCCGUCACCAGCAGAGGCAUCCAGAAGACGGUCGGAGCCCUUGGCGAGCUUUACCAUCUGUGCGGUGGACGCGCGUGGGCGUUUUGUUGUGAAGCAGAGUGGCACCUACGAGGUUGGUGCAAUCGGAGCCGUUGAAGAGCAGGCUGAGGCUGGGGCUACAGCUCGGGCUGAGGUGCAGGCGGCGAUUCACGACGUGCAGCGCGUGCCAGAAGCGGCUCCGAAGACGGCGGGGGAGCGCCAAAGUGCAAUGAAGGAAGUUCGACGAGCCCCCAACAAGUACAGCAUGUUCUUAAGUAAGUUUUCGAAGGUGUUCAGCAAGAAGGGUUUUCAGGCAGCCGCGGCGGAGUGGAGGCGGUUUUCGGCGGAGUCGAAGAGGAGCGAGGAAGUGGAUGCUCUCAUCGCCAGGGUGGUCCGCUCCGGUCGGUACCCGAUGCGUCAGCCGAAGAGCUGA